AUGGGGAGACCAAUGGAGAGCCUGAAUGGCGAGACCGCCCCCAUGCACACGUGCCGCACCCACGCACACUGUGUCCCCUGUCACAACAACAUCCUCAAGCAGAAAAACUCUCUGACAGAGGCGUUGAGUGCCAUCAGCGUGAGCACCGAGCUGGUAGAGCAGGAGUUGAAGCCUCAUCUGGACACCCUGCUGGCUGUGCUACUGGAGAAGAAGAAGGGUGCUGCUGAGGAGAUCGCCUCCAGUGGGAUCCUUCCCAUCUUAGCCCAGUCCCUCAGGGUGAAGAGUCCUCUCACCAACCAAGUGGCGUUGGUGGUGGCAGAAAUGGCCAGGGAAGCGGCGGUGAGGGACCCGUGCAUUGAUGCUGGGCUGGUGACGGUUCUGGUGCCCCUGCUGAACAGUGCAGACGAGGAGCUGCUGCUCCACACUGGCAGAGCCAUCGGACGAAUCUGCUUCGACAACACGGCCCAGCAGGAUCAGCUGGUGCAGUGUGGGGUGAUCCCCAGGCUGGUGGCCAUCAUGAGGGAGAACCUAGAGAACGACCCACUGGUCAACGUGUGUCUGCUGGCCCUCUGUAACCUGGCCGACAUGGGUGAGGAACACCAGAGGAACUUUAGUAUACUCUAG